AUGAAAGUAUCGUCUAUUUCUCUUCCCACGUCUAAUAUGAUCGAGGAUAAUAAGAAUGUUGUUAUAACUGGAUGGGGCGAAAUAGGGACUUCUCCAGGACUUCCUAGACAGUUACAAUUUUUAAAUAGUAAAAUUUACAAUCAUGAAUUAUGUGAACAAAUUUUUUCACAAAUAGAAACACAAUUUUGCACAUUUGCUGAUAUGGGAAAAGGAACUUGUCACGGUGAUGCUGGUGGUCCAGUUGUGAUUGGUGAAUAUCAGGUUGGAUUAGUAUCAUCUGGAACCGAAGAAUGUGCAAUAGGAAUUCCUGAUGUUAAUACCAAUGUAUUCAUUUUCAUUGAUUGGAUUAAUUAUAUUAUGUAUUAUAAUUGA